CCUAUUUGUUAUGUUGCAGGUUCAUAUAUUUGUUUGUCGGUAUUGGAGCCGUUGUUGUAAUCGCAUCUUGAUGUGGUUGCAUUGGAGCAACAACAAAGAACGGUUGGAAAGCCUUAUAUUUAUUUCAUCAAUAUUUUGAAAUGAUGGGUGUUAUGAUGUUGGAGAACUUAUGAUUUGGAUGAAUGGGAACAUUUUCAGUCAAAUCUUGAGAUCUUACCUGUAUAGCUUUCUAUUUCAAGUUUAUUUUGAUGAGUUUUGGAUCAUUUGGGCUUAAUCCAGAGUCGUUCACAUGUUAGGGGUGAUUCACAAGAAUGGAUGUGGAAGUGGAUGGUCUUGAACUUUUGACCACACUUGUCCCUUGUGCAAAACCUCAAGUUCAACAAGUUUUGACUUUCGCCUCUAAAGGUUUGUCCUUUGAGCAAUUGGAGGUUAAAAGUUUCAAGGCCACGUUUUUUUAAGGUCAUCGGGUGUAAUUCCCUCCAUGUCAAGGGGAGAUGGAUUGGAUAACAUUUUCAAUUUCUCCUCUUACCCUUGUUGCGCUACACUUAGCGUCAAAAGUUUGGUGUUGUACUAGUAUUUCUUCAUUUUUUAUCUUGUAGUGUUUUUGUAACUAGUAUUUCCUCUUUGAUCAACCAUGAAAGUGAAUCUAUCAUAUGAAUUUUUGUUGGUUAUUACCUUCACCGUUUCUUUUAUCGUUUUAUUUACUUCCAAUCUGAAAAGUUGAUCGCACAAGAUGUUGAAGAGAUGACGGGAGAAGACAAGCUUACAAUCCUUGGCCCGAAUAAUAUCCCGUUCUAAGAAAGUCUUGAGCACCACCAUAACAAGUUCUUCUCUAUAAUUUCACCAUGUUACCCAGUAGGUUGUAUUUUUUUACUGGGGCCUACUUUGCUGGCAUACAGGCUGAUCCUGAUGGAGUUCAGAUAAAUGUGCGUUAUGCUUUUGGGAUGCAGUACCAGCAUAUUUUUUCACUUAUGUGUCAUGUCCACCCCAGCCUCAUGUCUUUUGUUUUAAGCCAUGCUCCCAUUCGAAUCCCAGAUCUUGGUAUGAUGAUCAGGCAGUCUUACAAGUUGCAGCGAAUGAGGGUGCGUGGUUAUGUUGACGAAAUCGGUCUUGAGGAUAUUGCCACCUAUU